AUGCGACUUCCGUCAGCCUUUAUAGUUACUACUACUACUGCUAAUAUCCAAUAUAAAGUCAUCUCGCUCAUACCCAAUAAUGAGACUAUUGCUGUUUUUAUCGAUGGGGAUCUGUAUCCUUUAAUACCUGCUAGUAAUAUAUCCAAAUUACUUCAUAUAGGAAAAGCACCUGUAGCCAUUUCGGGUUAUAAAUACGUUAUUCUUAGCAAGAAAGAUAAUCAUGUUGUUAAAGAAGAACCCUUUAUUCGCGCUCCUGUUGAAAUUAACACAUUUAAUGAGCACUUUGGAAGAUCUUGGAAUAAAAAAGUUCUCAACAAACUUCCCAUAAUUAUGGAUCCUCUUCCUAUCAUUCAUCGUAUUGAUUCUGAUCUCCAUAUUGACGGGCAAAUUCCUACUAUUCAUAUUACUGGUGAUCAAACUGCUCUUAAUAAUAUGCAUUUUAAACGAAAUGAAGAUAUUAAAAUUAGUAUGAAUAUGGUAUACAUCAGUCUUGAUAAUAUAGAAUUUUUCGAAAACAUCACUUUCUCUAUUUCUGGCCAAAGUACUCGACGAUCAUCUAAAGUUUCAUAUAAAUUUACGCUUCCAAAGAAGCAUGAUCUCUAUGGGUACCGCCGUUUUAAGUUAAGAGCCAUGUCUACUGAUACAUCCUAUAUGAGAGAAGAAAUAGCCCACAAGGUUACUGAGUCCAUUGGUCUUCCUUCCUCCAAAUUUAGCUAUGUUCGUCUUUAUGUUAAUGAUAUUCCUCUUGGUCUCUUUGGUCUUGUUGAAAAUUUUAAGAACCCAUGGGUCCGUAAUGAAUUUUCAAAUGGUAGUAAAAAAUUCAAACAAGGUAGCUUUUAUAUUGCUGAUCUUAAUGGUGGUAGAGGCAUAACUCCAGAUUCCUUACAAGAAGAAAAGCUUAGGAAAAGGCCUACAAAAUCAGUUGAAUAUCCAUUUUCGCCCAUACAUUAUGAAACAAUAUAUAAAAAAGGAUUCAGUCAUUAUAAUACUGUUGAUAAAUAUACUGAUAUUCAUGAAAAUGCUGAUAUUGAAGAUACUCCAGAAUUGCAUCGUGGUCCUCGAGAAGUUAGAGGCAACAUGUCUGAUUUGUCUUACAUCGGAUCUAAUCUUGCUCUUUAUAGUGAGUAUUAUUCUCUUAAAGAGAAGCCCUCUAGUGGUAAAGCAAAUUAUGCUCGUAUCAUGGAAUUGGCCAAGUUUAUUUCUGAACAACCUAACAAUACUUUCGCUGAUGAUUCUGUUGUUCCUCUUUGGCAAGAAAAAUUAGACACAGAUAGUGUUUUGCGUAGUCUAGCUUUUGAGCUUGUUAUGUCAAAUGCCGAUGGUUAUUUAACUAUGGGUAAUAACUAUAUAUUAUAUGAAGAUCUUGAAAAUAAUCGACUGAUUAUGUCUGAGCAAGACUUGGAUCUAACUAUGGGUAAAACAAUAUUUAAUGCUACUCUAGUAAAUGGCGCUAAUUGGACAGCAUUUCCUGGUUUUACUGUCAAACCUUUAAGCUCUCGUAUGUACCAUGUCCCUCAAUUCAGAGAAGAACUAAAUAGCUUAAUUCUCAAGUAUACGAAAAAAAUUAUGAAUCCUAAUAUUUUGUUCCCUUUUAUUGAUCAACUUUAUGAUAUGCUUAAGGAAGAUGUGGCUUGGGAUAAAACUCUACCUCGUGUUCUUCCUGAAAUCCCUUUUGGAAAUGGUGGGCUACGUAACCGUAGAAAUACCUCUUUUGACACUGCUGUAAAUGGUCAUACUGGUGAUCCACAAAGUUUAGGCUUAAAAGAAUGGGUUUCUCUUCGAAGCUCUAAUCUUUUGAAAUACUAUAAUGAAAGUUUAUAA